AAGCAGAAGAAGAAAUUAAUUUCAGUGGUGUAAAUAAAUAAAUUUAACGUGUUUCCGAAAAAUUUCACUUUAUUUUGUUUACUUUCAACCAUUUUCAGUUAAAAUAAAACAAUGCUAUCAAAUCUAAUUGUUACAACACAACGCCUUGUAGUUAUAAUUGAUGAUACCGCUCAGGAGAAAAUAUCACAACAAAUACUUACCCAACUUUUAAAAGAACAAGGACAAGAUGAAGUGUCCACCAUAAAAGCACUCCCUUUCAGUACAGAUUUAAAGAAAUGGGAUACGUUUGUAGAUUUCUUUAGAAAAUGUACAAGAGAUGAAAAUAAAUGCAAUGCAAUAUUACCGUCCCUUGCAGAUUUGUUAGUAUAUCAAAGUGUGGAGAAAAUCAUACAUUUUGUCCACACUUUGCUACUUUCCAAACAGGUGCAACGCGUCUUUCUAUGGAUAACGCCAGCUAAUAUUGUACAUUCACGUGCCGAAUAUGUGGUAGCUGCUUUUGAGUACUUAGCUGAUUUGAUUCUCCAUUUAGAAACAAACAAUACGCUGUCCAUUGUCACACGCAAAGCUGGUGGUGCUGUUACUAACAAACGUUAUACAUAUACAAAAAAUAAUAAGGAAUUUCUAGUUGAGGCAAUACAAAAAACACCAAAGACCACACCAGCUGCCAAAGCUGACGAGCCAACAACGAAUACGGUGGGUACUACGUUCAAAAUUGAAUUGAAUGAAGAUGAGUUGGUGGCGCGCAAUACACUCAAGUUGCCUUAUGAAAAAACAUCAGAAACUACAGAAAGCUCAAUUAUUUACACACCAGAUGCUGGCGACGACUUUGAUGCAGAGGAAGAAGAUCCAGAUGAGGAUCUAUUGAUAUAAAGUGUUCCUAAUUUUUAUUAUUUAUUGAAUAUUUUUUAAAAUAGAUGGAAAGUGUGCUUUUUGAGAGUAAAAUCUUGUUAUAAAUUUUUUCACUGCCAGUUUGGCGUGUCCAUUUGCAAAGUAAAAUUUGUACUCAAAUAGAAAUUGUGGAAUAAAAAUUUUAUAAACAAAAA